UGGAAGUGUCAGUCUGUCAGUCCAGCGGAGCAGCACCAGUAGCACAACGACCUCAUCUUGGCGUUGGAAGCAUUUCUUGGGACCAAAAACAAAUUCCAGCUCCAAGCGAACAGUGUGGCGUUCUUUUACUGUUCUAAAUUGUAAGAAAUUGUCGGCAUUUGGUAGAUUCCACAUCUGAAGACCGCUUUCGAAAAAUGCUGUUCAAAGUGUGGCACGCAGUGGCUGGCGGAAGGUUCCUCUCGACCAGCGCGGCGCGGCAUGGCUCGAAAAAAGUCCCCACCCGGCAGAUCAACAAGCUGCUGAUAGCAAAUCGAGGAGAGAUCGCAUGCCGAGUUAUGCGGACUGCGAAUCGACUGGGCAUUCAAACGGUGGCCGUUUUCUCCGAUGCUGACGAGCGGUCCCUACAUGCCAAAAUGGCCAAUGAGGCGUACAAUAUUGGACCCCCGGCGUCGCAGCAGUCUUAUCUGCGAGGGGAGAAGAUUCUGGAGGUGGCCAAAAGGGCCGGAUGUCAAGCCAUUCACCCGGGAUAUGGUUUCCUGUCGGAGAAUGUGGAGUUUGCUGAGCUGUGCCAACAGGAGGGAGUGAUCUUCAUUGGUCCCCCGGCCAGUGCAAUUCGGGACAUGGGUAUCAAGAGCACGUCGAAACAUAUUAUGAGCGAGGCGGGAGUUCCGAUCAUCAACGGAUAUCACGGAGAGGACCAAUCGGAUGAGCGUCUGAUGCAGGAAGCGAAGAAGAUUGGCUUUCCGCUAAUGAUUAAGGCGGUUCGCGGUGGAGGCGGAAAGGGCAUGAGAAUUGCCGAGACGGAAGCGGACUUUUUCCCGGCCUUGCAGUCGGCCAGGACCGAAUCGGAGAAGGCUUUCGGAGACAGUUCGAUGCUGCUGGAAAGGUAUGUCCGAUCGCCACGCCAUGUGGAAGUGCAGGUCUUUGCCGAUCACCAUGGGAACGCGGUUUACCUGUAUGAGCGGGAUUGUUCCGUUCAGAGGCGUCAUCAGAAGAUCAUCGAGGAAGCUCCUGCCCCUGGGCUGUCGGAAGAACUGCGGGUUCAGUUGGGAGAAGCCGCCGUUCGAGCUGCCAAGGCCGUGAAUUACGUUGGUGCCGGAACGGUGGAGUUUAUCCUGGACAAAGAGGACUUGUCUUUCCACUUCAUGGAGAUGAACACUCGUCUACAGGUGGAGCAUCCGAUCACUGAGAUGAUCACCGGAACGGAUCUGGUUGAAUGGCAGAUUAAGGUGGCUUCUGGAGAGCCACUUCCGAUGACUCAAGAGCACAUUCGCAAGACUGGUCAUGCAUUCGAGGCCAGAAUCUACGCCGAAGACCCGGCGGGAGGAUUCCUGCCAGGAGCUGGUCCCUUGAAUUACCUCUCGACGCCAGUGCCUUCCAAUACCACCAGAGUAGAGACCGGUGUCCGCCAGGGAGAUGAAGUAUCCAUCCACUACGAUCCGAUGAUUGCCAAAUUGGUCGUUUGGGGAGAGAACCGUCCGAGUGCCCUUCAACUUCUCAUUGAACAGCUGCGUAACUACCAAAUCGCUGGACUUCAAACGAACAUCAACUUCCUGAUUGACCUGGCCAGACACGGUCAUUUUCAGGCGGCGGAUGUCCACACUGGAUUCAUCGAUCAGCACAUGGAAACCUUGUUCCCGGUGAAAACGGUCCUUGCUGAGAAAAUCGCUCAAAUGGCAGUGGCUUACGUUCUGAACGAAAAUGCCAGCACACGCAAGUCGUUGAAUCGACUGAACCCAUUCGAUUUGGAAUUGAACUUCCGACCGAAUUAUACUCCGACCAGGAAAUUCGACCUGAAAGUUGGAGAAAAGGAACACAAGGUUGAAGUGAAAUCGAAAGGAGUGGACUUUGAAGUUCGCGUUGACGGAGGCGCUUGGUUGCACGUGAAAGCUACUAGGAAGCCACACGAGAAUCGAUUCUUGCUGCAGACGAAUAUCAAUGGACACGUUUCUUGCUUCAACACCGUGAUUGAGAGCGGUUCUAUCGCUUUGUAUGAUGAUAGUGGUCUCACAUCCGCCGAAGUUGUUCAGCCCAAAUUCGUGACUGCCGACAGUGCCAUAGAGGGAGCCAACGCCGGUUCCGUCAUUGCCCCAAUGCCAGGAGUGUUGGACAAGGUGUUCGUUAAGCCGGGAGAUUCGGUAAAGGCCGGCACUCCGCUCGCCGUGUUGAUUGCCAUGAAGAUGGAACACGUCCUGAAGGCAGCCAGUGAUGGAAUCGUGAAGGCCGUCCCCAACGCCGAAGGUUCCAACGUGCAGAAGGGAGCCGUUCUGAUUGCAUUCGAAUCAACUAGGCUAAUAGAGGUGCCUUAAAUAUUACGGACCAGCAGUGCAUUUACAAUCAAACAGUGACAAAUUGUGCAUUUAUUAGAAAUAUUUUGUAAUUUUCCAUUUGUAGGAUAAAAGACGGGUAGAACAGGGCUCAACGGGAAUCGAACGCUAAGCGUUGUAGAAUUCAGAUUGACAAUAAAAGUUUUCCAAUAUUUUCAAUUUUA